CUGUGCAUGCUCUUCAUCUACUUGCCACUACAUCGUCGUCGUCGUCUUUCCUUUUCCUUUUCCUUCCCAGUUGUUGUUGUUGUUGUAGUGGUAGUAGUAGAAGUGGUCUCCUUCCUUUCUUCCCGUUCCCUGUUCCUCGUCUCUCUCUUGCUGUAACAAAUUUCCCAGCUUGUCGAUUAGUGCGGAGUUGCUUGGAGACCUCGUGACACCACCUUUGUUCCUAAUAACCGUGUCGAUUGGGGGGGGGGGGGUGUGUGUGGAUUCAAGGUGUUCGAUCAGGCUACUUGUUGGAACUCAAUUGGGCUGAUCUAUAGGUGGAAUAGAAUUUAAUUUAGCCAAUUUUUCAGUGUGAGGGCGUUGGAGAUUGUCGGAGGUAUGAAUUGUGUGUGAUUCUGCGAGCUGGAAUCUGUUGGCACUGACAGUCCCUUGGUCGCAGGUUUGGAAUCCGCUGGGCUUGCAGGGCUUGUGAGGAGGAAGCUGGUGUGGUGGAGUAUUGUGCGCAGUUUUUUUUUUUUUUUUUUUUUUUUUUUGAAUAGAAAUGGCUUGUUGGUGUUGGCCUCGGGGCAAUACCUUUCCCAAUUUGGAUCAUCCAGAUACACUCAGCCUAUUUCCUGCUGACGAUCGAUUCAUGGGUCACCAAGGUAUGUCGAGACAAACUGCUGGCGAUCCACCGCUGAGGGCCCCUCAAGGGCCAACAACAGUUCCACCCAUUACAGCUCCAGAGUUGUCUAUCGAUGAAAUCAGAGAAAACACGGAUAAUUUUAGACCAAAGUCGUUAAUCGGUGAGGGAUCAUGCGCUAGGGUGUAUCUUGCCAACUUUCCUGACCACGUGGCUGCCAUCAAACUGUUGCACGCAAAUACUCAUCCGAAAUCGGAGUUUCUUUCGCAGGUGUCACUUGUUUCCAGACUCAAGCACGAGAACGUGGUUGAGCUGAUUGGAUACUGUCUGGAUGGGCAGCUGCAGGUGCUCGCUUACGAAUAUGCUACCAUGGGAUCUCUGCACGAUAUUCUCCACGGACGGAAAGGUGUGAAGGGUGCUCAGCCCGGGCCAGUGUUGGAUUGGAUGCAGCGAGUAAAAAUAGCAGUGGGAGCUGCCAGGGGUUUGGAAUAUCUACACGAGAAGGCACAGCCACCUAUUAUUCAUCGGGACAUCAAGUCGAGCAAUGUUUUGCUGUUUGAUUCGUAUGUGGCAAAGAUAGCCGACUUCAACUUGUCGAACCAGGCGCCCGACAUGGCUGCGCGUCUACACUCCACUCGUGUUCUUGGAACCUUCGGCUACCACGCACCGGAGUACGCAAUGACGGGGCAAUUGAAUCAGAUGAGCGAUGUAUACAGCUUUGGAGUGGUACUUUUGGAGCUUUUGACAGGAAGGAAACCAGUGGAUCCUACGAUGCCCCGCGGGCAGCAGAGUCUUGUUACCUGGGCCACACCGAGGUUGAGUGAAGAUAAGGUGAAGCAGUGCGUGGAUCCAAAAUUGAAGGAGUAUCCUCCAAAGGCUCUUGCUAAGUUAGCAGCAAUCGCAGCAUUGUGUGUGCAAUUCGAGCCAAGUUUUCGCCCCAAUAUGAGCAUUGUUGUGAAAGCACUGCAACCGUUGUUGACAGCAAGACCUGCUCCCCGAGAAGGAGGCCUUCCAGGAGUAUGAGCGGUAUGGACCUUAAUCACGUACCCAGCUUGAAAUAUUUCUGUGUGAAUGAGUGAAGGCUUCAAUCCUCACAUGGCAUCUUUAGAUUGUCUGUUGUUUAGUUGCUUUCAGGUUCUAUUUAUUUUUAGCUCAUAACAAACUGACGGUAGCAAGCUAUGCUUCUACAGUCGGUGCAAGAAGCUGGAGGUAUACCUUGUAGUGUCUUUUAUUUUCAAGUAAUUUUGAUGUAGGUUUCACAUGGAAAAUUGUUUGGCUCAGACAAUUCUUUUUCGGAGUUAGUACUUAGUGGAAGAGUUUUUGGCACGGAAGAAUAAAUAUCGGGCUCUAACAAAGAAGUAAAGAAAAUUACUUAAGAUUGUAUAGUGUAUGGUUUAGACGGUAAUUGAUCGGUCCAAUUUGUAAGAUCUCAGAAGACCUGAAGCUGUAGCGAUUUAAUUUAUAUUAUAGCUGUUUUUUUCUUUUCUUUUCUUUUCUAAAUGCUUUGUUGUAGAAGUCAUAUCAUUUUGACAGUCCCGAUAUUUGUUCAUAACUUCUGCAA